UCGUUUCGCUCGCUCACUCAGUCGCGCAAUGUCGGGAGAACCGCGCAAGCGUGUUGGCUGCACAAGGAUAUCAAUGCCUCAUAUUUCAAUAAAAAAAGAAUAAAACCUCGUCAUAAUCCCGCCAAUUAUUUCUUAAAAAAUUCAAAAAUCGAAUGUUUCGAAAUUUACACAUGACAUUCGAACAUGGCCAUUAGACAUGUGUUAAAGUUUUCGAUAUUACGAUUAAUAAGUGUCGUGUAUUGACUUUUCAUGUUUUGUUUUGUGAUAAGGGUGAUGCCGAGUGGAUAUGGGUGUGAUAAUGAUAACUGUUUAUGUGAUUGGAUUGCUCAAUGCCGAUUUAUUCAUGAAAACAAAACAUGCAGCCAACGCAACGCUGUCGAAACGCUAUUGAAGAGAAACAAACAAAAAAAUAUAAAAUGAAAUGGCAGUGUCGACAAAUAUCGCAAGCAGACGUUUCAUAUUAAAAUAUAGAGUUAACAUAACAUAACGGAAUCAUACGGAUACAAUAGAUUUUAACAUUAAAAGUUGCGAUGUCGAAAGAGUGAGUUCAGUGAUAAAUUAGGUGAACACGUGACGUGACGCUCGCGGGUGAUGACGAUGGAUGAAUAACAGUUGUGAUGGGGUGUGGUCAGAGCAAAAUAAAUCUCUACCCGAGAAGAAACAAAAAUGGCGGAAAGGGAAACAGUGCCAAAAAGUCAGGCGCAGCGGACAAAGAAGCUGAUGAGGAGGAAGGCACGGCGGGGGGGACGACGCCCGCCGAUGAUACCGACGGUGACGCGGAACAGGGCAAGCACAUCCUGCCGCUCGCUGCGCACCCGUCAACAAUUGAGGUGUCGGCCAGUCAGCAGGAUUUUUUCAAAAUGUUGGACGAGAAAAUUGAAAAGGGCAAGGAUUACGACUCGUCGAGUGAAACAGAAGUACGACUAGAAAGAGAGCGACGAAGACUCCUCAUUGACCAAUGGCGAUCAGCCUCACAAUCAUCCCAGUCUUUCCAAUCGCAGCCAAGUCCUCCAACUCCCGCCAGAAGGCGAGUGCCCAGACCAGUACCUCAACCACCAGAACGCCAAAGCAGUCCAGGGUCAGCGAGACGCUGUUACAGACAACAACACGUUCCUGAUGGAAUGUCACCACCACCAAGAAGAGCGCAAAGUGCCCAGUCUCAUCAUCAGGCAGAUCAACGACAAAUCAACGGGGACAAUUGGCAAGAUCCCACCAAGUCACCGGUGAAGCGACCACAAAGUGCUGGAGCAAACUGGAAAAAUAAUCCUAAAGUAACGCCUUAUAAUCAAAAACCUAAAAAGAAUGAAGCUAACGAAUAUCAGAGAUCUAAUCAAAAGGAGGAUAUGACGGGAUCUGGCCAAGACAUAUCACAAGUAACGUACAAUCCAACAUUCCAAACACACAGUCCCGCGCAUUCGACAAAAUCUCAGCAGCCGUAUAAAGCACAGAUUAUAAGUUACCCUAUGUCACAACAAGUUACACCACCUUCUACUCCUAAAUACAUCGCACCCCCGGAGGAAUACCAGGAUCCACAAAACAAUGUUGUUGAUAAUAAAUACAGCAACACCCAAAGACAAACGCCCGUUACACAAGUCAAUUCUCAACCACACAUUUAUUACAUACAUGGAAAUGCAACAACGAGCAUAAAUCCAGAUCUUGUUCAGCAAAGGCAGCAAACCGCUAUACAUUUGCAGCAAUAUGUUGCUAUGAAACAAGCACAGCAACAGAUGUUCACAUAUUUGCAAAGAGGUCCACAUACAGUGUUCCCAAAUGUAGAUUAUAGUCAAAGUCAAAAUCCGAACCGAAUGUACGAAGGUGAAGAAUUCAUUCCUCAAUACACGCAUCCGAACAUGAGACCCCACAGUGCACCGGUUGGAGUCGUCCGACCGAUGCCUGUAGCUCCCGGCUUCAAUUUACCCGACGGAUCUCAUAUGGUUCAAAUGCCAAUGUGGCCACAUAUGCCACCAGUUGUUUCUACAAUGGGUCCUUGGGUUCCUGGACAAGUACCGCCUGAAAUGCAGUACUACCCGCAGUCCCAAUUUGUGCCUAUGUACCGACCGAAUUCCGCCGGCUCUGCUGGAACAUUGACGAGGUACCAUAAGAAAGAAAAUGAAGGGGAAGUGAAGAACAAUGUGUGCCAAAGCAUAAAUCUAGUCAGACAGAAGCCGAUCGGUCAGAUUGUGUCAAUACCAGGGCAAGACCUGACCGUGUGCAACAGUACAAGCGACAGUCCUAGUCCAGCGUCCGUGAGUACAGACAGUGGAGUGUCCCCCGGUAACAGUGCGCCUAGUUCAAAAAAUUCAGGCUUUAGUACACCAUCGAGUGGGACCGAUACAUUUAGCAAUGCUUUAGAUAAUAAAAAUAAAAAAAAUAAAACUGUCCCUUUCCACUCGAGAUCUUUAAAAAAUUCAAAGAGUCUAGAUUCUUAGUGAAAGUUUGUAAUUAUGUAGAUUUUCUAAAUGUACUUAGCGUCUAGUUGACGAUAAUAUGUAAAGUAAAAAUUAGAUUCCAAAGUGCUUAUCUUUGUAUAAUUGUGAAUUUAUGGAGCAUUUUUUUAUGAGUCGGUGUUGCAGCUCUAUUCGAUGUAGUUCCCUUAUCUUAACUUUAAUGCCCUAGCAGAUUAGAGAUAUUUAGUCCGCUGACAAAAUUUCGCUUUGUGUUUUCCUCAUUUUCUUGGACUUGAAAUCUUAUGAGAAGCAAUCAUAAAUGUCAAUUUUUGUCCAUUCCUGACAAAACUCCUAAGAAGUAUGCUACAACGCUCACGUUUUGACUAUAUUAUUGACACAGCUUACAUAAAGGAACAUUUUGUCCGCAGACAAAAUAUCAUCGUCUGCGGAGGCUUUAAUCUUGAUAUCAAUGUUUCACUGUGAAUUUUUAUUGUGAUAAUCUAAUUUCCAAAACGGAACGUGCAAUUCCAUAAACAAAAAAAAAACUAUUUCAAUUACUUCUUUAUCAUUGUUACCAACAAAGUAAAAGUUAAGUUUAAGUGAGUUUUCUUUUUAAGAACGGGUAAUGUUGUUAUUUAUUUAUUACCUUACCAAAUUGGGACUAGAUUCUAUCUAACUAUAUGUUUAGAUAAAGACAUGUAAAUGGUACUUUUUAGUGCCGAAUGAUGCAUUUUAAAUAUCCAAUAAUAACGAUAUCCAUGAA